AAACUUUAAAGAUUUGUCAGAUUAAUCAUGAUCAUCACAUAAUACACGGCUAUUUAUUAUUGUUAUUUGUUGUUGUUGUUGAUAUCUGCUGGCUGCUGCUGCCUGCUUGCCGCUUGGAGAUUACGGUUUCGCGGUAGGGUACGCACGCGUUACGCUGAAGUGUAGUGCUGUAGUUACUUAACUACUAACUAUAAUAAUAUAGUAACUUCGGAUAUCGUAGUCACUAUUAUUGUUAUUCGUCGUCAUCGUCGUAAUUUCAGAGUACAUCAUAAAUCGCGUGCCCGGUAAAAUGACUCGGAGUUAGUGUGCCGACCACGGCCGCCGCCGCCAAUGGUCGUCGUCUUUGACGGGGGUGUGGUACUGGUGGUGCGGCAGCCGCAGUCGGAUUCCGCUCGAAGAAGGAACGCCGUCGCCGUCGCGUGCGACCGGCGCUCGUAUUGAUAUUGUCCCCGAGCGGCCGAAGUCAACAUGUCCGAGAAGCAGCCGUGCACUUACCGGCAAACGCGGUUUCACCGGUUCCACGGUUACAACCUGAGCCUUCACGAACAGGACACGGUGGCCCACCGGGAGAUGAGCUUCGCCAACGCCAUAGUGUUCAGCGAACAGUCGCUGUCGCCGGGCGAGGUGUUCCUCAUCGAGAUCGAGAGCAGCGAGAAUGGCUGGUCCGGACACAUACGGCUGGGCCUGACACAGCUCGACCCGGACGCGCUGCAGCGCAGCGGUCACCUGUUACCACAGUGCGCUAUACCAGACAUGGUGUCCAACAAGACGAUGGGUGAAUCGUGGAUAUGCGCCCUAACCAAACACCAGGCUUGGUACGACGCCAACUAUCUGACCAACUACUUCCGGCUGGACGGUAAUCACGUAUUUACAUCCCGGGGUACAUUUCCAACCAGCAUUCUGAAGUCGUCAGGCAACGAAAAAAUGGACAUCUUGCCGACGGACGUGGGCAGUCGGGUCGGCGUGUUGUAUUUGCCCUGUGGCCAGAACAUGGCCGUUAUGCAUUUCAUUAUCAACGGUGAGUUUGUUGUUCCACUUUCGAGGACCAUACCGUAUAACGAUGGUCCUAUCAGAGCAGUCAUCGAUGUAUACGGUGCCACUAAACGAGUCCGUGUAAUACAAGUAUACAACGUUAAUUCGUUGCAGAGUGCGUGCAGGGAGACUAUUCUGAAGAAUAUCAAAGCAGCAUCCGUAUCAAAAUUACCAUUACCCAAUGCUCUUAAAGAGUAUCUCCUAUAUAAGACUUAAUCUGGUGAUUACUAUUCUAAGUUUUUAACCCUAAUUUUAGUUUUCAAGCUGUAAUUGUAUUUUUAUUUUACCAUCACUGUACAUUUUAUAAUUUAUUUUAUUGUUUAUAUUUUGUGCCUGAACAACAGAAUAUUUUGUGCAAUACCUAUUUGAUGUUUAAUAUAUAUUUUUUUUGUUUUGUUCAUCAAAAGUGUUGUUUAUCAUUUUAUUAUUUAACAAAAUAAAAACUGUGCAUAAAGUUUA